GGAAGUGAUGGAGUGCUGGCUGGAGUUUUGUUGCAACUUGCACCUGUAUCUAACUUUCGCUUAAUAAAAGACGCGUGGGUUUUAUAUGCACCAACUAAAACUUAAAGUGGUGUGGCAAUGAUCAAACCCUUCAGAAUUAGACUAUUUUAGGUGAUUCAUGUUGCUAACUAAUUAGCAAAGUCAAGCUAACAGUCAGAACGUUCCCGGAAAUUUGCUCUACUUCCUUUCAGAGUAAAAUACACUCCGCGGCGUGUAUUGGAAAAGCUUUUGUUUUGUAAAUAGAAAGAAAAGUUGGCUAGGGCGUCGUCAUUUCAUUGUGUCUAUCUUGACGUUCAUGUAACUACUGUAGUUGCACGCAUUUUUCUACGUUAUCUAUUUUUGACAUUGUAUAUUACCAUUGGCUUUGAUGAAUCUGGUUGGACUCGUGCUUUAACAGGUGUUUAUCAUCGUCCGGGAGAGAUAACAUGUUACACGUGUUCGCGGUUUUAUAGGAGUCUUUCAUAAAGUGUUGUCGUUAGGCCUUUUCGGGUUAUUUCCAUCCCUUCCUCUGGCUAACAAAUCUUCAUACAGAAAUGGCACUGGAGGACUAUGAGAGACAUUACGACUCGCUGAAUUCGGAUUUGGGUAGCGGGUCUCUGGUCAAUGACAGAUCAGCGUCGGGAAUAUUUAAUGGCGAAGAGGAGAAGUUACAUUAUAUUCCUAUCCGGAUCCUCGGGAGGGGGGCGUUUGGUGAAGCAACCCUCUACAGAAGGACAGAGGAUAACUUACUUGUGGUGUGGAAGGAAGUGGACCUGAACUCACUCUCAGAAAAAGAGCGUCGAGAUGUCACAAAUGAAAUAAGCAUCCUCUCCAUGCUGGAGCACAACAACAUCAUUGCCUACUUCAAUCACUUCAUGGAUAAAAACACACUGCUUAUUGAGUUGGAGUAUUGCAAUGGAGGAAAUCUAUAUGAUAAAAUCGUCCAGCAGAAGGGGAAACUUUUUACUGAGGAGGUAGUUAUUUGGUACCUAUACCAGAUUGCUUCAGCAGUGGCUCAUAUUCACAAGGCGGGAAUUUUACACAGAGAUAUCAAAACCCUGAACAUUUUCCUGACCAAAACUGACCUCAUUAAGCUGGGUGACUAUGGUCUCGCGAAGAAGCUAGACUCAGAGUUUUCAAUGGCAGAGACUUGUGUGGGAACUCCAUAUUACAUGUCACCAGAGUUGUGCCAGGGAGCAAAAUACAACUUCAAAUCAGACAUUUGGGCCAUGGGUUGCGUACUUUUUGAGGUUUUAACACUCAGAAGAACAUUUGAUGCAACGAACCCUCUGAACCUCUGUGUGAAAAUAGUCCAAGGCAACUGGACCAUGGAGGUCAACUCAGAUGAUUAUUUACCUGCAUUAAUUAAGCUGGUGUAUGAGUGUCUUGAUCAAGAUCCUGCAAAGAGGCCCACGUCUGAGCAGAUUCUGGACAGGCCUUUCAUCUCCUGCUGCCGACAGGAGCUUGAGGACCGAGUUGUGCUUCUGAAUUCAGCAAUGAAGAAACCAAAGCUGAGUACAGUGACUGAGACCCCAGUUGCUGUGGUGACUACACGCUCAAGAGAAGUGUAUUUUUGGGGGGGAGGUAAAUUCACCCCUCAGAAAAUUGAUUCAUUCAAAGGAGGCAGCGGUGCCCAACAUGUUUGUGCAGGAGAGAGUCACUUUGCAGUAGUAACAGUGGAAAAGGAGCUGUAUACCUGGGCUAAUGUCCAAGGCGGGACUAAGAUGGUGGGCCAGCUAGGACAUGGGGACCAGGCCUCAUACAGGCAGCCAAAGAGAGUGGAAAAGCUCCAGGGGAAGGCCAUCCGGCAGGUGGCAUGCGGGGCUGACUUUACUGCUUGUAUUACUGACGAGGACCAGAUGUAUAUGUUUGGCUCAGAUUACUAUGGCUGCAUUGGAGUAGAGAAUGAGCUGGGGGUGGAGAUUUUGGAUCCAGUGCUUUUGGAGUUUUUUACCGAGCGGCCUGUCCGCCAGGUUUCAUGUGGAGACAACCACGUGGUGGUGCUGGCUCAGAAUGGCGAUAUCUACUCCUGGGGCUGCGGAGAGUAUGGACGUCUUGGUCUAGAAUGUGAAGAUGAUUUUUCUUCUCCAAUGCAAGUGGAGAUUCCUAAAGGCGCCAGCAUCUUGUCUGUGUCAUGUGGCAGUGAUGGGACCUUCUUUCUGACAGGGACUGGUAAAGUUUUAGCAUGUGGAAACAAUGAAUUCAACAAGUUGGGUUUGAACCAGGGAAUCUCUGGGCUCAAAAACCACCCAGGAGAGGGAUACCAGGGGAUACCGUACAUCACCACACUGACCUUGGUAAAACAACUGUCACGCUUCAAGAUCCAAGUCAUAGCUCCAGGAAAAAAUCACACAGCUGCCAUUGAUGAGCGGGGUCGUCUGAUCACCUUUGGUUGCAACAAAUAUGGGCAGCUAGGUGUGAAGGACUUUAAGAGGCACCAAGGAGUCCAGGUCCUUGUUGGACCGUUUGGAGGGAAGACAGUGACCAAAGUGUCUUGUGGAGAUGGAUUCACUAUUGCAGCCACUGAGGACAAUCAGAUCUUUGCAUGGGGAAAUGCAGGAAAUGGGAGACUCGGGAUGCCUGCUGAUAAGGGGUUUGGCUCAGAGGUUUGCCCUGCCAUUCCAAGGCCCAUCUUUGGUUCCCUCCACCAUGUGCCUGACCUGUCUUGCCGUGGUUGGCACACCAUUAUCAUAAUGGAAAAAGUGCUCAACUCAAAGACCAUCCGUUCAAACAGCAGUGGACUGUCAAUUGGUAGUGGACUGGGCCAGGAAGCAUCUACAUCCACAAUAGAUCUGGACGCAGAUCCUGGGACAGAGACAAGGUGUCGUGACAGGAGUCUUGGGGGCACACGGGAGGUUAACACAGAGGAUUGCUUCAUGGAGCGCCCAUUGGAGAUGUCAAUGACAAAUCAGACUGGAGACAGCUCCUGUCCUCUCUGGCUUAGAAAGGAACUUGAAGAUGCAGAGUUCAUUCCGAUGCCAGAGGAGUCUGACCUGUCCAGUCAUAAACAGGUCUUUUCUUUCUCAGAGAGUGGGACUCUGCCGUAUGAGGAGCUGAAGGAACUCAAGGCAGCAGCAACAGCAUUCAGCAAAGGCCUAUCAACCAGACGAAUGAGCAGUGAUAAAGUAAAUGGACUGGAGGUGGGUGACGUCUGCAGAAAAGGAGAAUCUGGUGCAUGCUGCCAAGCAAGUUGUGAAGUAGCUCAGCUCCGAGAAACACUUGCCUGUCAAGAAAUGAGGAUCCAGAUGCUUGAAAAGCAGGUCAGUGAGCAGCAGCAGGAGAAUGAGAAGCUCUGGGCAGCAAUCAAUCGCUCAAUGCUGCAGGAAGCAGGACCUGACCAGAACGGAAACCAUCACUCUGAUAAUAUGCCCGGGGGAGGAGGAGGAAGAGGAGGAGGAGGAAGAAGAGACGGAUUCACAAAUCACGGAGGCCGAUCUGCUGGAGCCAGUGUGUGAGAUCUUAGCUGCAAACGUCUUUGCCAUGAAAAAAGUGUCAAGAAUCUUUGCACAGUUUGCAUUAAACAAGCUGGUCAUGUGGGAGGGAGAGGUUCCUUUAGAGGUGCAGCAGAGAGCGCAUCCUCAUGCCCAUUCAGAGGUUACAUUACAGUAAAGAUUUUUAUUUGAUU